AUGAUCCGCAAGAAGCCGGAGAUGACGAGCGUGAAGGAGAUGCCGGUUCUCCAGGAUGGACGACCACUUGGCGGCUUCGCGCCGGUGCGCUACGCUCGCCGGAUUCCGACGAAGGGACCUAGCGCCGUCGCGAUCUUCUUGGCUGCGUUUGGCGCCUUCUCCUGGGGAAUGUACCAGGUUGGCAAGGGGAAUAAGAUCCGGAGGGCACUCAAGGAAGAGAAAUAUGCUGCUCGAAGGGCAAUACUUCCCUUGCUUCAAGCUGAAGAAGAUGAAAGAUUUGUUAAAGAAUGGAAGAAAUACUUGGAAGAAGAGGCAAGAAUCAUGAAAGAUGUCCCAGGAUGGAAGGUCGGCGAGAGCGUCUACCACUCCGGGAGGUGGACCCCACCGGCGACCGGUGAACUUCGGCCCGAUGUUUGGUGAGAGAGAAAGUGUUCGUCUGAUCAAACUGUUGUUCUUGUGCUUCUUCACGCAGCUUUGUCUAAAAUUGCUGCAUGUGUCAACCUUUUGCACCUCUCAGCUUAAUAAAUCUCUCUCUUGAGACCUUGAAUCGAUAUGUUGCUUAUUCGUGGAAGCAAAUGGAACAGUGCUUUGCUGCUUCUGAAGUACUUGUGGGUAUAACGCUCCACUUCUGCAUCUUUUGUUUUUUCGUUACUGAUGAGCUGAGUAGGGGUGGUAAACGAUCGAAUCGAAUCGAAUACUAAAGUGUUCGUAUUUGUAUUUGUUUAAAAUUA